GCACAACUCCAAAACAUUCAGUCCGCUGCCGCGUCCAGUGUCGGCGCAGCGUUCGCGUCGCCACCAUCGCGUGGGGUCGCAACAUUCGCCGCUCUAGCUCCCUGACGCGCGCCGACGCGACGAAGGCGACGGCGCCGCCGAGCCCUUCCAAGGGCGCCUGCAGUCCCGCGGGCCGCUACCGGAUGCUCGCCUACCUGCGGCGGCGCAAGGACGUCGCCGUCGUCGGCGGCCUCGUGGCCUUCUUCUUCCUCGUCGUCAUCCCCCUCGUCUCCGGCGGUGGCGGCUCGGCCGACGGCGAGGGCGCGCUCCGCGGCAGCGGCUGGCGGUUUGUCACCAUCGUCGACGCCGGGUCCAGCGGCUGCCGCGCGCACGUCUUCCGCUGGCGCACGGGCCGCAGCGGCGUCGUCGAGGUCGACCCGACGCACAACAACCUCAAGGUGAAGCCGGGCCUGUCGUCCUUCAAGGACGACCCGACCGCCGCGGGCGCUUCCUUGGCCCCGCUCCUCGAUUUCGUGCGGUCGGAGAUCCCCGAGGGCGAGUGGGCGUCGAGCCCCAUCUUCCUCAAGGCGACGGCGGGCCUGCGCAUGACGCCCGCGGGGCCCCGGGAGCAGAUCUUGGAAUCCGUGCGCGACGCGCUCUCCGCGUCGCCUUUGAAAUUCGACGACCGCGAGGCCGGCGCGCUCGUCAUCGAGGGCACGGACGAGGGCGGCUUCGGCUGGAUGAGCGUCAACUACUUGAUGGGGAAUUUGGACGGCCACGCGAAGCAUUCGGACUUUGUCGGCGUCGUCGAGAUGGGCGGCGCGUCGGCGCAAGUGACGCAGAUCCGCGACUCCGCGACGCCCCAGCCGGGCGGCUACUCCUUCGACUUCAAGGUCGGGAAGCAGCCCUUCCACCUCUACACGCACUCCUACCUGGGCUACGGCCUCGAGCAGGCCCGCGAGACCCUGUCCGCGCACCUCGUCGAGCGCGCGCGCGGCGGCCGCGUCAAGGACCCGUGCCUCAACGCGGGCUUCGAGAAGGAGGCGGCGGAGCCGCGCAUCGACGUCUACGACGGCCCGAGCGCCGUGGACCUGCGGGGCGUCGCGGGCGACCACGCGGAGUGCGCGCGCGCCGUCGAGAAGUCGCUCUUCUCGCGCGACGACCCCUGCGGCUUCGAGUCCUGCUCCUUCAACGGCAUCUUCCAGCCGCCGAACCUCCCCAAGGGCAAGCUCCUCGCCUUCGAGAACUUCCACUACACGGCGCAGAUGCUCGGCGUGGGCCAGCCCGACACGUCCGCGGCGGACUUCAAGGCGGCCGCGAAGGACGCGUGCGCGGCCGAGUGGACCGACUUCCAGGCGUCGCCCUACCCCAAGGACGGCUCCGAGAAGUUCGAGCUCAACAAGCUCUGCUUCUCCGCGACCUACCUCGCGCUCUUCCUCGAGAAGGGCGUCGGCGUCGACGGCCGCGCGAAGAUCAAGGUCCAGCAGCAGGUCGGCGACCACGGCAUCGACUGGUCCCUCGGCGCGGCCAUCAAGGAGGCCACGAAGAUCGCCCACGGCCACUAGCUCGACUCUAAGGCGCGUAUGUGGCGUG